AUGGCUCCCAAAGGCAAACAAACAUCGGUUGAAUUACGAAAAUUGGUUAUUUCGCAUAGUCAGGAUGGAAAAUCAGUUCGCGAAAUUGCCAAAAUUGUCCAACGGAGCCAUUCAACCGUUCAGGAUAUAAUUUCAAGGUACAGAAAUGAAAAUAGGAUCCUUAAUAUAAGCAGGAUAGGACAGGGGAAAAAGUUGACUGCAUACGAAGAAAAGCAACUUGUUCGGGAAGUCAAGGAAAAUCCUUUCUUAUCCUCGGAAUCUCUGAAGGUUUUUUUGAAGGAGACCAGGAAUAAGGAAGUGAGCAAUGAAACAAUCCGAAGAGUUUUUCGAAAACAAGAUUUAAACGGCCGCGUGGCUCGAAACAAAGCCAUUCAUAAGCGAACAAAAUAG